AUGGCUGAUACUGUUGACACCCACAAGGCCGCUGGCUCCGCCCACGACGAGCACGCCGAUCCCGUCCCUGAAAAGGGCCUCGGACAUGUUGCUGCUGAUGACGAAACUGCGGCGUACACCACCGGGGCCCCUGCCAGUAUUGACAAGGCGACGAACCGCCGGCUCUUCUGGCAGAUCAACCGGCGUAUUCUCGUGGGUAUGCUUGGGACGUACUUUUGCCAGUCGCUGGACAAAGGCACCCUGGGAUUCAGUUCGAUCAUGGGGAUCCAGGAGGAUGCCGGACUCGAUGGGGAUAAAUACAACUGGCUGGGGACGAUUCUGUAUCUUGGGAUCUUGGUGGGAGAAUAUCCGACCAACUUCCUGCUUCAGAAGCUUCCUAUUGCAAAGUAUCUGGCUGGAAAUGUGUUUCUCUGGGGGGUAGUGAUCAUGUGCAGCGCAGCUGCUACCAACUUUCCCGGUCUCAUGGCCGUUCGAUUUCUGCUGGGUGUCUUUGAAUCCUGUGUCCAACCGACCUUCAUCAUCAUGACAGCCAUGUGGUUCACCCGAGAGGAACAGACCGUCCUAACGAGUCUAUGGUACUCAAUGACUGGUGUCCAGCUAAUGAUCGGCGGUAUCCUAGCCUGGGGUACAAGUCACUAUAUCGGCCACGCCAUCCGUUCCUGGCAGCUCCUCUUCCUCGUUCUCGGCGCGGCAACCUGCACCUGGGGCGUUUUCCUAGGCUGGUAUAUCCCCGAUAGUCCGAUGAAGGCGAAAUGCUUCAGCGAAGAGGACAAGCGGCUAAUGGUCGAGCGCGUACGUGCCAACGACACGGGAAUCCAGAAUAAAACCUUCAAGAAAUACCAGAUGCUUGAGGCUCUCAUGGAUCCGAUCGUCUGGCUGUAUGUCCUUCUCCAGCUGAGCAGCACGCUGAUUAUUGGCGGGCUGGGCGUGUUCUCGAACAUCAUCAUCAAAAGCUUCGGAUUCACGACGCUGCAGACGCAGCUGCUGAAUAUCGCGCAGGGAGGCGUGACAAUUGCUGUUAUGGUCGGCGGUGCGGCAUUGGCGACCUGGAGUCGGCGGACCGUCGUGAUAAUGCAUCUGUGGACCUUCCCGGCCAUAGCCGGCACAGCGGUGAUCUACUCCAUCUCACCUUCGCCAGCAACGCGCGUAGGCCUCCUGGUUGCGUUCUACUGCACCCAAUUUGUCCUAGCCGAAGGCAACCUUCUCUUUUCGCUCAUAUCGCGCAACGUCGCCGGCCAGACCAAGAAGUCGACAGUGCUAGCUAUGACCUUCAUCGCAUGGGCUGCUGGUAACGCUACCGCUCCUCAGAUCUUUCAAUCUACAGAUGCCCCGCGAUAUGCGAAAGGGUUCACGGCGCAUUUCUGUCUGUAUGGGCUCUUUAAUGUUCUCCUUUUUGCGUUGAGAAUGAUGUACAUCUGGCGAAACCGAGAGAAGACUGGCGCCUCUACCCCCGAGCUGGCCUCAGGCUUGGAGAGCCAGGUGAACCAGACUCGUGUCCACGCGAAUGCAUUCUUGGACCUGACCGACCGUGAGAAUGAUGAACUCAAGCCCUCCGGCAUGGAAGUACAAUGA